AUGGCCGAGCCGCCGAUGGCUCCCCCCUCCCCCCCGGCGCGGCAGGGCCGCCCCGUCCGCUGGCAGCGCUCGGCCCGCACGGCAGCGACGGGAAACGGAGCGGACAGCGCUGGGAAGAACCCGAAAUGCUGCACCUCAGUGAGAAAAGCCCUUCAAUGUGCGUCCAAGUGUGCAGGGACAUGGUCUGGUGAGAGCCGCUGCUCUGCCCGCAGCCGUGUCAGGGUGACGGCUCAGCUGCGAGCACGUCCAUGGCAAUGUCACCGCGUGUCACCAGCGCUGAGCACGCUGGGCAGGGCGGACAGGGCACAGCGGCGCGGCAGCGAGGCUCACGGCGGGCUGGAGAACGGCAGGGAAGUCUCUGUCCCUGAAGGGCGGAGGACGCGGGUCAAUGUGCAGGAAGAGCAGGGCGGGCAGCAGGAAGAGCUCCCCGGGUUUGCUGCCCCGCAGGCGCCGCCAGGGGGCAGGUACGAGCUGCUUUAUUCCGCAGUUCAGUCUGCAGCUGCAGCUGAGGCAGGGAGAAAGGCUACACGGCACCACGCGUUCUCGGGCUGCUGGCGCCGCCCUCCGCCACACAAGGCCGAAUGUUCCGGUACCGGCCGGGCGGCCGAGGCCCCACGGAGGGAGGAUUUGUACCGAACACACCGGAGCGACUGCAGCGAUCAGCGCGUGCUGUGCUUAGGCAGCCGUCUUCCAGCUUCUUCCCUCAUUCCGCCCUGCGCCUCCUCCGCCCGCGAGGGUUCUCAGCAGAGGCGGCUGCAGCUCCGCCGUGCCCCGCGGGUUGCUAGGGAGCGCUGCGAGCAGAGCGCUUUCCCCCGUAUUUUUAUAUUCCGAUUAUGUAACUGUGCUGCUUGCAUAACUGUGACAAUAAGUGUAGGAUUUGCCCAAGGAUCAACACGGAGCAGCUCCUGCCAGCCGUUCCCGAGUGUCCCUCCCAGCCGCCCCGCUCGGAGCGCGCAGAUAAGGCCUACAUUUACAUGUGGAGGAGUUGUAUCUGGAGAGUCAGGGUUUAUUGGGAGUGAAGGAUUUCCUGGCGUCUACCCACCAAACAGCAAAUGUACUUGGAAAAUCACCGUCCCAGAGGGAAAGGUGGUGGUGCUUUCUUUCCGGUACCUGGACCUGGAGAGCGACACCCUGUGCCGCUAUGACUUUGUGGACAUCUACAGCGGCCACGCCAACGGGCAGCGCAUCGGCAGGUUCUGUGGCACCGUCAAACCAGGGGCCCUGGUGUCCAGCGGCAAUAAAAUGUUGGUGCAGAUGACUUCAGAUGCCAAUACUGCUGGGAGUGGAUUCAUUGCCAAGUUUUCUGCAGCAGAACCACACGAAAGAGGGGACCAGUACUGCGGGGGACGGCUGGAGAAACCCUCGGGCUCCUUCCACACGCCCAACUGGCCAGAGCGGGACUACCCCGCGGGAGUCACCUGCUCCUGGCACAUCGUGGCCCCGAAGAACCAGCUAAUAGAGUUAAAAUUUGAGAAGUUUGAUGUGGAAAGAGACAACUACUGCAGAUAUGACUACGUUGCAGUGUUUAAUGGUGGGGAGAUCAAUGAUGCCAAAAGAAUUGGGAAGUACUGUGGAGACAGUCCCCCAGCGCCUAUUCUGUCUGAGAAAAAUGAGCUGCUCAUUCAGUUUUUAUCUGAUUUAAGCUUAACAGCUGAUGGCUUUAUUGGCCAUUACAAAUUUAGACCAAAAAAGUUACCCACAACUACAGCUCUGCCUACAACCACAACAGUCCCUGCUACCUCAACUGUGAAACCUACAGUUGCCCUGUGCCAGCAGAAGUGUAAAAGGAGUGGGACUCUGGAAAGCAAUUAUUGUUCAAGCAACUUUGUAAUAACUGGAACCGUAAUCACAACAGUAACACGGGCUGGCAGUCUGCAUGCAACAAUAUCCAUCAUUAAUGUAUAUAAGGAGGGGAAUUUAGCAAUCCAGCAAGCUGGCAAGAAUAUGAGUGCCAAAAUUCUUGUUAUGUGUAAGCAGUGUCCUCUCAUCAGGAGAGGUUUAAACUACAUCAUCAUGGGCCAGGUAGAAGAAGAUGGCAGAGGCAAAGUCUAUCCCAACAGCUUUGUCAUGAGUUUUAAGACUAAGAACUCAAAGAUCCUAAAUGCCUUGAAAAACAAAACAUGUCAAAAUUGAACUCCGCAGUGUUCUAUCAUCUGUCUUGAACAAUCAUUUUAACUUAGCCUAAGUCAUGGAAAUACAAGUGACUGCCAACAGUACAACCAUGCUGACCCUUCCUCCUCUCCUGUCCACAUAAGCACAGCUGGCACAAAGUGAAAUCCAUUCCAUGUACCAGAUGAGAACAGACCCUCCUAAGGCUGAAAGCCGAAGAUUUGCAGCACAGCCAUCUGAUCUCAAAGAAAAAUUCCAAUUACUUGGAAGAUGUUAAUUUAUAACUGUCCAAUUUUUUAAGGAGUUUUGUACGUAAAAUAAGAAUUCUAAGUGCAAUAUUUAUAGCAACUCAGUUCAACUUAGCUUUUUUCUCUAAAGUUGUUUUAUUACAUGGAUUUCUGCAUUAUUAUCAGUGCUUAAUAAAAUAUUUUAAGAUUAAAUCAUCCACCAACUAGUUAUUAAUUAUUUAUAAAGUGAGGCAGCUAAAUACAGAAACCGUUUUUUGAUCAUUUACAUGCUUUUGAUGGUUUGGGCCUUGCACAUCGUAACUGACACUACACUUCCUUGCUGAUUAAGGGUCUGAUUUUCCUUACAUGGAAGUCACUGAAUCAUUGAUUAGAACAGGAACUCUUCAAAGAAUUAGACAGCUGUA